GCAUGAGCGCGGCACCGAGCGGGCGCAGGAAGCGCCCCCGCGCCCCCGCCGCCGCCUCCAUCUUCCCGGGCAGCAAGACCUCGCCCCGCCGCCGCGACGGUGAACGGCGGGGCAGCGGCUGCGAGGGCGCCCACCAGACCCAGCGAGCCCUGGAUGACUGCAAGAUGCUUGUCCAGGAGUUCAAUACCCAGGUGGCUCUGUAUCGGGAGCUGGUCAUUUCCAUUGGGGAUGUCUCGGUCACCUGCCCAUCUCUGCACGCGGAAAUGCACAAAACUCGAACUCGGGGAUGUGAGAUGGCCUAUCAGGCUCAUCAAAAACUAGCAGCUAUUUCUGGCCCAGAAGAUGGUGAGAUUCAUCCUGAAAUCUGUAGACUGUACAUCCAGUUGCAAUGUUGCUUAGAAAUGUACACAACAGAAAUGCUUAAGUCCAUAUGUCUGCUAGGAUCACUGCAGUUUCAUCGGAAAGGAAAAGAACCUUGUGCCCCACCCAAGAUCCUAGAUACUAAAGUGGAGGAGAGUUCCGAAGUACCUAUUUUAGAAGACACGUCAUCAUCACCAACAGAUAUUCAACAGCAUUUAUGGCAGGUUUCCACAGAUAUUGAAAACACUGAAAGAGAUAUGAGAGAAAUGAAAAACCUUUUAAGUAAACUCAGGGAGACUAUGCCUUUACCACUGAAAAAUCAAGAUGAUAGCAGCCUCCUAAACUUGACUCCAUAUCCAUUGGUAAGAAGACGGAAGCGAAGAUUCUUUGGACUGUGUUGUCUUGUCUCAAGUUAGAAGAUUAAGUACAGAAGCACCAAGAAAAUCAUAACUUUGAUUAAACCACUAUUAUUUGACCACUGAGAAGACGAACAUUGCUACUCUUGAUUAUAAAGUACAUUUUCUACGCAAUUCCUUUUUCUCUUCUGUUCCAUCCCCCUUUUCAAAAAAAGAGUUUUAAUAGUUUAAAGUUAUGGUGGUCAAAAACCAGCUGUGGAAAAGAUCUAGCAUAACUAAGAAUGUUUUUAAAACUUUUUGAAGUAUGUUUUGCAUGCUUACUUUCAGCCACUCAGAGAAAAGACGAAUUAUGGUAAUAGAUAAUUUUAAAGUUUUUUUUAUUGUUUGAACUGCAGCUAAAAGUUUGUGCAUAGUACAGUAAUCUUAUUAGUAUCAUAUUAAAAUACUUGAUCAUAUUCUAACAGUCUUUAAGCAUAGAAAACUAUUUAACAGCAAAAGUAUUAAACUUCUAAAACAUUUAAACAAUAUUGUAACAGAAUUUGCACAAAAUAUCCAGUUGCUUUUUGUGCUCUCAUUCAUAUUUAGUCUUCCACUAUAUCUCAAUUUAAAAGUUUCAUAGAAAGAUAUCUUAAUUUACGAUACACAAACCAUAUAUGAAAAUACUUAUGACUUGUAAAUACAGAGAAAUCAUAGUAUCUACAUACUGUACAAUGCAUAGAAGCAGCAAAUUUCCUUCUAAGCCGAUAGUGUCUCUACAAGCUUUUGGGGAAAAUAAAUAAUUUAUUAAAAGAAAAUGUAUUAAAGUAAACAAUGUAAAACACAGCACCAACUGAUUUUGUUUCCAAUAGAACUCAAAGCAUGGCGUCUGCAUAUCACUAAGUAUUAACUCCUAUAGGGCAUGCCAGAAUUAUCUCACAUUGUAAGAUACUAAACGUUUUACAUUGUUAAUAAAGUUUUUUAUUUAAAUUAA